GUCGCUGUUAACAAGCAUUUCUGAAAGUUACAAACAGUCCCUUUAAAUCCUUUAGGUGUAGUUUUUCAAACUAUUCUGAUGGCUUGAGGCUUUUAUUUAUGGACUAAAUAUCUUCUUCUAUUACAUUUUUGCCAACUUUUUUAUUCUUGUUCAUGCUCCUGAACACUGUCUGCCGUAUUACAAAGUGCCAUAGUCUACACACUAACGCCCCCACACAGCCCUGAUCCUGACUGAGUGGGUGGUGUUAAACCUCAGUCCUCAUGGAGCCCUCUCAGUGCACGUCCACGGCUCUGGAGCGCCUACCGUUUAACAACACCGUGCUGAAAAAGCUGCCGGUGGACGACUCCGAGGAGCCCGGGUCCCGGACAGUCCCAGCGGCCUGUUUCUCCAGACUUGGUACUCUUCAGCCCCUGGUGCGUCCGACCUUCGUGGCCCUGUCCUGCUCAGCGCUGGCUCUGCUGGACCUCAGUGUGCAGGAUGUGUUGGGUGAUCCCCUGAGCCCGGAUUAUCUGAGCGGCUCCAGGCUGCUGCCGGGCUCCCAGCCGGCUGCGCACUGCUACAGCGGCCACCAGUUCGGCCUGUAUGCGUCCCAGCUGGGGGAUGGAGCGGUGAUGUACCUGGGAGAGGUAGAGUCGGCCACCCACGGGCGAUGGGAGAUUCAGGUGAAGGGUGCAGGAGUCACACCGUACUCCAGAGAUGGCGAUGGCAGGAAGGUGCUUCGCUCCAGCAUCAGAGAGUUCCUGUGCAGCGAGGCCAUGGCCGCCCUGGGGAUACCCAGCACCCGUGCAGCCUCCCUCGUGACCUCUGAUCUCUACGUCAGCAGAGAUCCACUCAACAGUGGGAGGCGCAUCCCUGAGCGCUGCUCAGUCGUCCUGCGUGUCGCCCCCUCCUUCAUCAGAUUUGGAUCUUUUGAGAUCUUUCUGGGCCGAGAUGAUUUCUCGGGCCUGCAGGGUCCCAGUGCAGGGCGGCAUGACAUUCGCGCUCAGCUGCUGGAUUAUGUCAUUGAGACUUUUUAUCCUUGCAUCCAGCAGACCAAUCGGAAAGACAGGAACAUGGCAUUCUUCAGAGAGGUGAUGACGCGAACUGCUAAGCUAGUGGCCCAGUGGCAGUGUGUUGGUUUUUGCCAUGGCGUCCUUAACACAGACAACAUGAGCAUCUUGGGUCUUACUCUGGAUUAUGGCCCCUUUGGUUUCAUGGACAGAUUCGAUCCAGAUUUCGUCUGCAACACCUCGGACAGAAGAGGGCGCUACUCAUACCGAGCCCAACCAUCUGUGUGCCGCUGGAAUCUGGCUCGCCUGGCGGAGGCGCUGGGCUCUGAGCUGGAUGCACCCCAGGCGGGGGCUGUCCUGGAUGAAUUCGCACCCACAUACGAAGCCUUCUACCUGAGCAUCAUGAGGAAAAAGCUGGGCCUUGUGAGAAAAGAAGAGGCAGAGGACAGCGAGAUCAUAUCAGACCUACUGCGUGUCAUGCACAACACUGGUGCAGAUUUCACCAACACCUUUCGCCUGCUGAGCCGCGUCCCCUGGCCAGAGGAGGGCGACAUUGAGAGGGCCACAGUGGGGCCAGUAGUGGACCUCAUCCUAGAGCAGUGUGCCUCUAUUGAGGAGCUAAAGGUGGCUAAUAAGCCAACUAUGGAGGACCGUGAAUUGGCGAUGAUUCUGUCCAUGGCACAAACCAACCCGGUCAUGUUUGGGAUGGUGGCAGACCAACCAGCUGUGUCCCAGCAGCUGGAACAGAUGGGACGGCUAAAGGAGCUGCUGGAGACGGAUCAGAACGAGCUUAAGAAAAAGCAGCGCGAUGACUGGAUUCGCUGGGUUAGCCGAUACAGGAGGCGUUUAGCCAGGGAGUCUGACGGCACAAGUGACUUGUCUCUCAUCAAAAAGGAGAGGCUCAUUGUGAUGAACAGCACCAACCCCCAUGUCGUCCUACGCAACUACAUCGCCCAGAAUGCAAUUCAGGCUGCAGAAAAGGGAGACUUCUCCGAGGUCAACACAAUCCUCAAAGUUCUGGAGAAACCAUAUUCUGAUGCAUUUGGGUUGGAGCCUUUGGAUGGACCUAAUGCAUGUGGUGAAAAGGAGCAGAACGGGAGGGAACUCUCCUAUAACAGGAAACCUCCCACCUGGGCACAGAGGAUUUGUAUCACCUGAUCAUCGUAGAGGCUCACAGACAGGUGAAGGAGAGAGGUCUGUUUCCACCGGUGGACCACUAUAGGCUUCAGUUUUCAGAGCGAACAAAAUGUGUCAGUACUGUUGCUACUCUUGCUGUUCUCCACUUCCACCUCAGACUUUCUUUCCUUCUUCCUGAAAGGAGGAUGUCAUGUAACUCAGAGUGUUCCAGUGUUCAUCAGUAUGAUCAUAGAUCAAUGUUUGUGUGAUCAUGAUGCUUUUAUUGCAGCGUUUAGAGCUGUUGAUGCAUAAUAUAUAGACAGUUUUGCUAAAGCUCAAUUUGUCCAAAUUUGACAGAUUGGUCACCCCUACGUUGCAACCCGUUCUCACUCCCAAUUUGUCAAAUACCGCAGCUUGAUCACAGCGGCCCUCGCCGUCUGAUACAGAUGCUGUCAACUAACUUCAAUGUAAACCCACCCACAUCAUUAUCAGACAGUCAGAGCAACUGAUGUAGGCCUUAACACAUCAGGGGCAUGAGGAAUAAACAACACAAAAAGGUGAAAUACUCGCCUGCGAAUGUUAUACGUCUACGGCUUUUAUUGUGAAAGGUAAGAACGGAAGGAGUGGAUCUGGUCUGCGCUGUUCAAGGUUCAAGGUUGAACGGAGUCAUACAAUUUGUAAUUGUAAUAAGUUUGAAGCGUAGGGCCACUGACCAAGCCUCGUAUUUGACGAGUUGGGAGUGAGAAGGUUUUGCUAAAGUAGUCGAUGAAUUUGCUGAUGAAGUAUGACGGCUCAGAUGUCCAGUCACACAAUGACCUGUCUGGGUCUGAAACACAGGAACACACUGACAUCAGUUAUUUACAGAUAGUGGACUUAAAAGGUCAACAUAUUAAUAAUCAAAUAUGAGCAAAAUGAUUAGUUUCUUAAAGCUACUUUAUAUAGAAUAAAUAGAAUGAUUGUUGGUAUUUUGUUUCUCAAAUUUUGAAAUAAAAGAUUACGCAUUGUUUGUCAUAAAGUGUGUUAAUUAAAUGUUAUACAUACGAGGCAUUAGCUCAGUAUCUUAAAGGACCUGGAAACAUCAGUUUCUUGCCAAACUUGGAACAGUGUUUUGUGUUUUUUAAACAUGAGGAUAUCUGAAUACGUGUUUUAUUUUUGCUUUCCUCACUGGUUUGAAGUGGCCAGGGCCUAAUUAGAAAAAGGUGAUGUCACAAAUUCCCGUGCAACGUUUAAAUCAAAUGUAUAGCAGUGGGGUUGUUAAGUCAUUAAUUUAAUAUUUAUUCAUUUCAAUUGCAUAAACUGCCAGUAUAG